UGACCGGGGGGGACCCACACUCCCGGCCCCGUACUGAGGAUCCCAGCCCGGCAGCAGCGACUGGAGCCCGGACCCAGGACCAGGGCCAUCCUCCCGCCCCGACAGCUGCAGGAACUCCGGCCGGACGUCUAACGGCAGCCUGAGAAGUAGAGCACCAACCUUCAGAAUGACUUCUAACUGCGAGAGAGAUUUGCCAUCCCUCUAAGUAUGCCAUUUCUUCCAUGAGAAAUCAAUGGAAACAGAAAUUAAAGGGAGUCUGGCCAGAGAUUUCGGAAUUAUUGAUGCCUCCUCCACUGUAAGCAGUGCUCAAUGUCUCUGCUCUUUCUCUUCCGAGGGGGUGGAAUAGGAAAAGCAGCAGGGUUUCAUACUGCCGUGUCGUUGCCAUUGUUCCAGCUUUGACAAGACCAUGAGAAGGGCCUGGACUGGCCAGUCCACAGCAACAACGUUCCCCAGAUCUGCAGGAUAAAGAGGGGCUGCUCCUGACUCCUCACCCAGCCACCAAACCCUCUCACCAGGAACACCAAACCGAGCACGAAAUCUGACGGAACGAAGGGUGGAUGACUCCCAGCCCAGUCCGCGUCCGGGCUUGGUGGCGGAACAUUUUGGGUCUCGUUCACCGGCACGCGGCUUGCCCGAAGUCCCGGAAGAAUUAUACCAGAAUCCAGAUCCAACGAGGUGCCUCCUCUCCUAAGUGGAAGAUCACGGACUCACUAGCUGAGGAUCAAGGGUUGGGAUUCACCCAGCAAGGUCCGCCUCUCUCAGUCCAGGCUUUCGGAAGGCCUGACGAGGACAGUCCUCUUGCCCCUUGUUAGAGUUCGGGGUAGCCUCCGAGUUGACUUUUCACCGGGAUUCUAGGCCCAGCUCCCUGCCCUUGCCGCCUGCCCGCCCGCCGCCUGUGUGAUGCUGUGCCGAGAUGUCGGGCGAUGGGGAGGAAGAGCUGUGCCGCAACGCGCUGGCGCUGGUCAAUGAACUCUGCUUCAGCAUCCGGGGCAAUCACAACAAUGAGAAGUGCAUCGAGUUCUCCUACCUCCUCCGGGACCGGGACCGCACACGCCACAUCGAGACAGAUAUCUCGGUCAGCCUGCUCUCCGUGAUUGUCACCUUCUGCGGCAUUGUGCUCCUCGGGGUCUCUCUCUUUGUCUCCUGGAAACUGUGCUGGAUCCCAUGGCGGGACAGAGGCCUGAACCCCCAGCGCCAGAACUCUCACCACCAUCCCCACCACCACCUCCAUCACCACCACUCACAUUUCACUGACCUCGCUGUCGAGAGGGUCGACGGUGGGUCUGAGAUGCCCGAGAGGUCCUACCUCGACCUGGAGUCCUACCCGGAGUCCGGUAUUAAGCUGAGCCAGACCUCUCCUGAUAUCCCGGUGGACACCAACUCAGGGAGUAAGGAGAACAGCAUCCCGAAUGCACACUCCCAGCAGCAAGUCUCUGCGCCUCCUCCAGCAACAAGAUUUAACUCGCUCCCGAGACCAAUCCCACAGCAGUUAAGCAGCCCAGAUUGUGCGACUCAAGCUGAUGAGAAGGUGGAGCAAGUAACCAGCAUUGGGCAGAUCAAGCCUGAAUUGUACAAACAGCGGUCGAUCGACGCGGAGGCGAAAAAACACCAGAAGGGCAAUUGUGGCCGGAUCAACUUCCUGCUGCGCUACACCUACGCGAGCGAGCAGCUGAUCGUUAAGAUCCUGAAGGCCCUUGACCUCCCCGCCAAAGACGCCAACGGAUUCUCCGACCCCUACGUGAAGAUCUACCUGUUGCCUGACCGCAAGAAGAAGUUCCAGACCAAGGUCCAUCGCAAGACCCUCAACCCAAUCUUCAACGAGACCUUUCACUUCAACGUGUCCUUCAACGAGCUCCAGAAUCGCAAGCUGCACUUUAGCAUCUAUGACUUUGACCGCUUCUCCCGGCAUGACCUCAUUGGGCAGGUGGUGCUGGACAACCUCCUGGAGUUCUCGGACCUCUCUGAGGGCACGACCAUGUGGCGAGACAUCCUGGAAGGCACCUCGGAGAAGGCCGACCUAGGUGAGAUCAACUUCUCUCUGUGCUACCUGCCAACAGCCGGGCGACUCACCAUCACCAUCAUCAAAGCCACCAACCUCAAGGCAAUGGAUUUAACCGGAUUUUCAGAUCCCUACGUGAAAGCCUCGCUGAUAUGCGAAGGGAGGCGGCUGAAGAAGCGGAAGACAUCGAUAAAGAAGAACACGCUGAACCCGGUGUACAAUGAGGCGCUGGUCUUCGACAUUCCCAAUGAGAACAUGGAUCAUGUCAACGUGAUCAUCGCCGUCAUGGACUAUGAUUGCAUUGGACACAACGAGGUGAUCGGGAUGUGCCGUGUAGGGAAUGCCGCCGACGGACCAGGCCGGGAGCACUGGAAUGAAAUGCUGGUAAAUCCACGCAAGCCCAUUGAGCAAUGGCACCAGCUGGUUGAGGAAAAGGUGCUGAACAGUUACAUGACAAAGGGAUACGCCACUGGCUCAGGUGCCGCCAAGCCAGUGACUAUCGUAGUGGAGACUCCUCAUUCAGACUGAGAACCCCACUCCACAUUGCAGAAUGGACAUGAGAAGACAACAGUGCUAUUUUUUCUUUUCUUCAGUUUGUAAAUCCUUCACCACGAAAGAGAAAGAGAGAGGGAGAAUGGGGAAAAAGAGGGGAAGAGGGAUUGAAGCCAUUCGCGCCCCCCCUCCCACCACCACCACUGUAGCCUGCUGAGACACUGAUGCUCAGUCGAGCGAGCAAGAGAGAGGUGGACGUUGAAGGCGAGGCUCGCGGGUUCACCCAAGGUUCAUACCACUUGCGUUGGCGCACCUGAGGCGAGCCUCUGACUGAGCUGCGGCUCUUCCUCUAUAGACUCGAGGGGCGUUUAGCCAGAGCCAAGUGGAAGGUUUCGAGAGACACAUCGGCGGAAACGGUUCUGAGCAGCAAAGAGAAAUUCCACUUCAAACGCAUGUUUCACCAUGUCGUGGAUGUGUGUGCCUUGGAUGCAUUAUAUGUCAGUGGGAAACUAUUGCCUCCACCGGACCCUAUUUCCAGUAUUCCCACUGAGUCAACUUUUCCUGAAAAUUCCCACCUGCUGGAGAAGGCCCCUGGAUUUGCUUCUCAACUCGGAUUUUGGAGGAACUCUCUGACUGUUCCAACUGACCUCAGAGCAGCCUUGCUUUACGUUUAGCACCAGGUUUCAGAUCUAGAGGUGGGAGGAAUUGGGAGGGACGUAAGUUUAACUUGUGCCACCCUUCAGUCAACUGACGGUCAGGAGAACCAGUGAUUUCACAUUUCUACCUGCCGACUUUUUGCUCUCAAUUGAAGCCAUGGGUGAGUGCCUCUGGGAAAGGGGGGUUUAAGAGCAAUGAUCCACCUCAUAACGUGUCAUUUCCCACCCAAAAAGAGAGGUUAAACUUACUGCUGACUCUACACAGGGGCAAGGAGUUUUCCUACCUCUCCUUGCUCAAUGCCCUUCGUCUCUUGGUCAGAGCCUUUGGGAUGAAUGUUGAUGUUUAAGAAGGCUGUCCAGUUGAUUCUUGGGAACAGGUAAACAAUGUUUUGUAAAUAGGGCAAUGUUUCUGUUUCCCAUCCUUGGGGAGGUUUGUUGACUCUCGAGAAUGGUUGUCAAUGGAUGCAAUCUCAAGGGUCCACUUCAUGCAUCUAGGAGUUCACCUCUCGGACAGAACUUUCUUUCCCCUAAACCCAAACAUGGACUGAGUUGCCUCAUGCAAGUCGUCACUAGAUCUUCACCUGGCUCUGAUAUUGACAGCUCAUAUCCAAUGGGAUGAAAUGUUCCCCUCUCUCGUCCCACCCUUUGCAUCCGUGGUGACGGGGCAAUAGUUUCUCAAUCCCUCACUUUUCUUCCUCCGGUUUGGUUGUGAAAUUGGACCUGGAAGUAGGAAUGUCUGACUUCAAAACCUAGUCCCAAGCUGGACCUCCUUUGCCCUGUGAAACAGAGACAUUCUGGGACCAAUGAGUAGUAUGGGAACAUUCAGGAGAAAAUGGGGAUUGGUAACUCACCCAAUGCAUUUCAAAGUAUCUUCUGGAAUAGCUCAAUCAAGGGCUCAUCUGUGUAAUCCAGAGACGAACCACACAGCUACCUGCAGGCCAGUUCUGGUUCAGGUACCAAUAUGUUUAGCCCUGAGGCAGGAGGUUGUGCAUCCAUGUUCCACACUUGUGACAAUUCUGAAUGAUGUCCGUGUGGGGAUGGAUAACUCUAUCAUUCUCCAUCCUGCACGGAGAUUAUAUAUCCAGGAAAAGAUGGCCCCUUUAUCCUCUAAUUGGCAGCACUGUGGCAGACUACUGUCGCUAAUAAUCCUCUGCCUCUUAAACUCGGGGCCAUUGACGCUGAUGGGAUAAACUUGGAAACACAGCACUGGCACAAGGAAGAGUUCUUCGGUUUCCCUCUGGAAUAUGGGGUUGGACAUGGAGGAGGUCAGAAUUGUUCCUCUUUCUUUUCCUGAAAAAUCUGUAAAUGCUUUCAGGGGUUCAAGGUUGAGAACCACAGGAUUUUGUGUUAUAGGGGAGUCUCGGUUUUGGUUACAAAAUUGUUGAGGCUAGAUUAGCUCAGUCUAAAUCAUACUGAAGGAGUUUCGGUCAGCUGAGUGACCAGUUCCUGCUCCCAGUCCUAAUUUUCUCCUGAAGGUAGAGGUCUGAUAGUUGAGACAGGGAGGACCUUCCCAUUUCGAGCAUGUGCACUGGGAAUGUCCUCAGGAACUCUCAGCUGAAGUCCCACUGUCAAAUGUGAAAUGUCCUCAGCAAAGAUUCUGUCCUCACCCUGUGCUGUUCAGUGAAUGGAAAUAGUCAGUGGUUUGAGUUCAGGAUUUUCUUUACACAGAGAGUGGUGGGUGUGGGGAACAUGCUGCCAGGGGCGGUGGUGGAGGCAGAUGUAACAGUGGCAUUUAAGAGGCUGUUAGACACAUGAAUACAAGGGAACGGAGGGAUAUGGAUCAUGCGCAAGCAGAAGAAAUUCAGUUUAAUUUGGCACUGUGUUUAGCACCAAAAUUGUGGGCUGAAGGGCCUGUUUCAGUGCCAUAUUGUUCUAUGUCCUGUGUUCUAAGAUACAUGGACAAGGGAUCAUCAGUCAAUUAUAUUCAUCCAGACUUCCAAAAAACAGGCAUUAAAGCUCCACACAGAAAGUUUAACAAAAGUGGGAGUCCAUGGAAUUGGAGCUGAACUAUUUGCGUAGAUGGGCGGUCAUGGAGGAGGUCGAGACACAAGAGAUUGCAGGUGUGGGAAUCUGGAGCAAAAAAAAACAAAACUGCUGGAGGAGCUCAGCAGAUCAGGCAGCAUCUGUGGAGGAAAAUGGACUGUACAUGCAUAACAAUGAUUUCUUUAUUUAUAGAGUACUUUUCAGACACAAUGUAGUUCAAAGAGCUUUACAAUGGCAUAAAAGUGCAAAAUUUAAAAAAAAAUGAAAAUAAAGGACAAAAAGAUGCUCAUGAAAAGUAGGUUAAGUAAAUAAGAUUUGAGCUGGUGUUUAGCUGUGUCAACUGAGUCUGCAUCCUUUAUAGUUUAGGUAUUGAAUUCCACAGUUUAGGAGCGUAGUUCAAAAAAGCUGACCUGCCAAUUAUCUUUUGAGAGAAAUUGUUUAAAUUUAAGAGAUCGGUGGAAGACUUGCCUGUCCUCCACCUGUCUUUGCAUCAUCUAUAAAUAACCAUCAAUUCCAUCGUCCAAAUCAUUGACAUACAGCAUGAAAAUUGACCCAACACUGAUCCGCAGAACACCAAUGUUGCCAGUAGCCAAUCAGAAAAAGCCUCUUUUAUUCCCACUCUUUGCCUUCUGCCAGUCAACCAGCCUUCUGCCCUUCCUAGUAUUAUGUAGUAUGAUGGUUUCUAUCUCACUCCACAGAUACUGCCUGAUCUGCUGAGUUCCUCCAGCAGUUUGCUGUCAUACACGAGAAUGGAUUGCAUUGGCAGGAUGUAAUAGUGACUUAUCCAGGCAUCCACACUAAAGCCUUAGACAUAUGAACAAGCCUAGUUCAAAGAACCAAGUGUGAGUGUCAGUUUGCUGAUGGCGGGGUCAGAAAGUGACGGGGGACACUGCAGGGUUAGGGGCAUGCAGGCAGGCAAUGGCUCAGUGCGAGGAAUUGUGCACGUACGGAAGUUAGAUCAAAGUGUUUGUCAAAUGUUGAGAAACUGGGGAACUUGGAUGAGUGGGGAAAAUAGUAGAUAAGCGUAGAAGUCACUGAAACCUAUCAGAAGGAUACAGACUAUCCUGGCAAGGCUGAGGGAGUGUGAUGUGCUUAGCUGCCUGCUACUGAGAGGAGAUGCAUUGUAUUAUAUCAACAGCCUGCACAGCCGAGACUUUCAUUCUCUCAAAUAUGGAAGAUCGAGGGAUGAUCUGAUUAGCUUCUUUAAUAGGAUUAAAGGAUUUGAUGAAGUAGAUGGAGAGACAGCACUUCCAUAACAUCAGGGCGUAACCUUAUAAUGUCUGCCAGCCUGCUCAGAACCAAGUGUUGAAAAAGACUAAGGAUCUCCAAGUCCCUCAGCUGUCCAGGGAUCAAUACAGAAUUGUCCUGCCAAGGAUUUUAGUUGGCAAAGUAAAGAACUAGAAGUAAAGUAAAGGUCGCCCAUGAUCUAGUGGAAUGUUGGCCAAGUUUCAAGAGACUGAGAGGUCUCCUGUGGGAAGGUAUUGAAUGGUUUGGAAGAAACACCAUUGGAAUUCUAAGGCUAUACAGUCUGGUCCUAGAGACUCCCACUCAAGGAAGCAUCCUCUCCACAUCCACUCUAUCCAGGCCUUUCAAUAUUUGAUAGCUUUCAAUGAGAUGUCCCCUCAUUCUUCUAAACAUGUCAAAAGCCUUCUGAAACUCCAAGUAAAGAACAUCCACUGACUCUCCAUUUUCCAUCCCACCUGUUAUUUCCUCAAAAUUCCAACAGAUUUGAGCAGAGAUCAGUGGUUUUUCAGUCAAUGAGAACAUUUAAGAUCAAAACCCUGCAAAAGUCAAGUCUCAUUGACCUAUGUUUGGUCCGUGUCUUUUCCUACCCAUGUACCUGUCUAAAUGUCUCUUAAAUGUUAUAAAUGUAUCCAUCUCUGCUACUUUCACUGUCUACUCUAACAUUAUGAGAGACAUAGAUAGAGUGGACAGGGAAUAUCUGAUUUCCAGGGUUGAAAUGUCUAGUAUCAGAGGGCACUGAAGGUGAGAGGGAGAUAUGAGGGGUAAUUUUUUUUACUCGGAAAGUGGUGGAUGCACUGUCUGGUAUGGUGGUAGAGGCAACACACAUUAGAGGCUUUUAAGAAAUGUUUGGCUAGGCACAUGGAUGUAGGGAAGAUGGAGGGAGAUUGACUUGGUGUAGGUAGGAGGGAUUAGUGUUUUGGUGUUUUUAAUUUGCUUAUUAACUGGUUCAGCACAACGUUCUGUAUCGAGUGGCCCGUCCUGAACUGUAAUGUUCCAUGUUCUAUAUACCACCCACUCCCUAAGUUUAAGGUGAGAGGGGAAAGAUUUAAAAAUGUUUUAAAUAUUUCUUUCUCACCUUAAACCUACACUCCCUAAUUUCAGAGUCCCCUACCCUGAGGGAAGCAAUAUAACUAUUCAUUUUAUCUAUGCUCCCUGUGAUUUUAUAAACCUUGAGAAGGUCACUCAGCCUCCUAUACAGCAGGUGAAGCAGAUCAUAGAACAUAUACAGAACAGUAGAAGCCCUUUGGCCCACAAUGUUCUGCCAACCCUUUCAUCUACUUCUAGAUCAAUCUAACCCUACCCUCCCACAGAGCCCUCCCUUUUAGCUUAUUUAAGAGUUUAUUAAAUGUCCCUAAUUAAUCUGCCUCUACCACCAAUGUUGGCAGUGUGUCCCAUGGAUCUAUAAGACCAUAAGACAUAGGAGCAGAAUCAGGCCAUUUGGCACAUCAAGUCUUCUUUGCCAUUCCAUCAUGGCUGAUUUAUUAUCCUUCUCAACCCCAUUUUCCUGCCUUCUACCCAUAAUCUUUGAUUCCCCAACUAAUCAACAACCUAUCAACCUCCGCUUUAAAUAUACCCAAUGACUUGGCCUCCACAGCCAUCUGUGGCAAUGAAUUCCACAGAUUCACUACCUUAUGACUAAAGAAAUUCCUUCUCUCCUCAUCUGUGUUCUAAAUGGAUGUCCCUCUAUUCUGAGGCUAUGCAGUCUGGUCCUAGAGACCCCCACUCAAGGAAGCAUCCUCUCCACGUCCACUCUGUCUAGGCCUUUCAAUAUUUGAUAGCUUUCAAUGAAAUCUCCACUCAUUCUUCUAAACAUGUCAAAAGCCUUCUGAAAGUCUAAGUAAAGAACAUCCACUGACUCUCCAUUUUCCAUCCCGCCUGUUAUUUCCUCAAAAAAUUCCAAUCGACUCCUCAUAAGGCAAUUUAUUAUGUGCCCCUAUGUACCCUGAAACCUUAUCCUUGAUAAUGAACUCCAACAUCUUCUCGACCACUGAAGUCAGGCCAACUGGCCUGUUAUUUCCUUUUUCUGCCUACCUCCCUUCUUAAAGAGUGGAGUGACAUUUUGAGCGACACACAAAAAAUGCUGGAGGCCAGGCAGCAUCUAUGGAAAAAAAGCAGUCGAUGUUUCAGGCUGAAAUCCUUCAGCAGGACUGGAGAAAAAAAUGCUGAGUAGAUUUGAAAGGUGGGGAGGAGGUGUUUCUCUCCCCCACCCCCCCACCACCUUUCUAAUCUACUCCUCAACAUUUUUUCUCCAGUGCUGCCAAAGGGUUUUGGCCCGAAACGUCAACUGUGCUUUUUUCCAUAGUUGCUGUCUGGCCUGUUGAAUCCCUCCAGCAUUUUGAGUGGGUUGCUCGGAUUUCCAAUAUCAGCAGUUCUUUUCAUGUUUGUGGAGUGACAUUUUGCAUCGCUCUUUGUAAAGUUCCCGACUAUCCUUAGAACUUUAGUUCUUCUGUCUAAAAACGUUCUUAUGAAUCUUCUGUGCUCCCCUCCAGCCAAAACCACCCACAAUUCCCUGUUGGUGUGGUCUUAUGAAUAACAUUGUAUUGUAACUUGUGCAAUUGUAAUUCGAUGAUUUACAAAUCCCAGUAUUCUAUGCUAUUAUGAGGGGUAUAGAUAAGGUAAAUUCAAGUUGGUUGUUUCAACUGAGGUUGUGUGAGGCUAGAACUAGAGGUCAUGGGUUAAGGGUGAAAGUUGAAAUGCUUACGGGGAACAUGAGGAAGAACUUCUUCACUCAGGCUAGUGAGAGUGUGGUACAAACCACCAGCAGAAGAGGUUGAUGCGGAGUCGAUUUCAACUUUUAAGAGAAAUUUGGAUAAGAAUAUAAGGGGAGCCUUUCUCAUAGCCUACCCAACAGACACCCCUUAACACCACUGAACCAGCUUAGCUAGUCACUUGUCUGUGGCUAAUCUUGGGAUCUUGCGGGAUUUCUAAUGCCCUGUGGUAUGAGGGUGAUCAUACAUAAAUCAGCAGCUCUUUGAGAUGUGCUGAACUCCGCUAUGUAAAUGCAAGUAGCUGUUUUUACAUGGAGCGUGGAGGUCUGGGCAACUAGGGAAUAAUCGGACAGUUGGAAGGGUCGGUUGACAGGAUAUUGAGAGACACCCAUCAGCACCUGUUAUGGACUAGCACUAUCAAACUCGGUGACAGAAGCCCAAGCCACUGAUUGGCACCAGGUCUUCAUGUUCUCUUACAGUGAGGUUUGCCUGAUGUUACCGACGGGUUGGGACGAGGGUGGGGAACCAAGUUUACCCUUCUCCAUUUUUGCAUGUGGUGUCUUGUCAAGUGGCAUGCAGAGGCAAGGAGUUAUUUGUUUCUUUAGCGCAGAGGGGAAGCGGGGGAAGAAAACAAAAUCUCAAAUCCAACCUCGUAAAUCGAAUUCAUCCAUAGUGACUGUUUGUGGGACGUUUUCCAGUCUGUGUCAAAAUAUACGUAUCCAAAAAAUCACACACACAUACACUCAAAGCCAUAAAUGCAGAAGAAAUAAAUGUAAUUAUUUUCCCUUUUAUUUGAACUGGUUGUGUUAAUUCCGCGCACACUGUGGCUGAACUGUUAAAUAAAACA